UCGGAAAAUCGAACUGAGCAGACGUGUCGCGCGUGCCGCGUAGAUAGACAGCCCACAGAUACAAUUUCCCCUGGCUCGGAGGUGGUGUGUAUUGCAGCAGAAGAAGAAGUAGAAGUCUCUCUGCGUGCGAGAGCGUCUCUGUAAAAAUUCAAUAAAACAAAGAGUCAAGUGAAAAUCGGUUCAAAAUGCCAAUUGUCUAACGAAUCGAGAGAAAAACCAAAGUAAUAAAGCUGGCAAAAGAAAAACUGUGUUGGUGUACAGCUAAUUAACCGCUAUGUGUGUGAUUCGUAUGUGUAAUUCGAUUGAUACGCUUUAAUUUAUAUCAAUAAGAAGUGCAAAAAAUACAACUUUGUCUGCUGGAAAAGUAUCUAAACCCCAAUUAUUCUCCGAAGAGCAUUCGUUUUAAUUCGAAUGACACAGAGAGUGAGAGGGAAAGAGGGGGAGACUUAAGGAGAGAGUGGGAGAGAGAUCCCCAACACUAGUACGGUCGAAGUCUAACUGUGAAAAUGGUGGUGGAGCAGGCAGUAGCAACAACAAAAACCAUGCAAAUGUAGCGCCGCUCUUCUCUCUUCGCCGCCUUGCUUUUGCGCAGAGAACGCCGGCGAAUUGGCCAAACUCGCCGCAGCUGUGUGUUUGGAAACACCUUGCUCCAAUAUUUUAACACCCCCCGUCUGAGAUACCCGAUUUUGCACGACCAUCGCAGUUUCAGUCUCAGUUUCGGUUCGCUUCGUGCGCUUUCUGCUGCCCUGCAGCGGAAAAUUCAUCGAAAAAUCACCCAGUCACUUGCAGAAACUCCCAAAAAAUAAGAGAAAAAACACCAAAACUUGGAUAAAGAUUCUUGCAUUUUUCAAUGCUUGUUAGCUGCGUUUUGCACGCGAUUUCCUCUGUUGCUGCAUUUUCAUCUAAGACAACAAGAAAAACGGGUAAAACCAGGAAAACGACUAGAAGAAGAGCUCCAGCACAAGAAGAAGCAGCAGCUCCAACAUUGUCGCCGCGACAUCGCCGUCGACGUCAGCGUUGCUGCAGCGCAGCAGCUUCAUCAGCUAGCCAUGAACUACAACUACAACUACAACAACAACUACAUCUGCAGCAGCCCCAGCAACAACAACGAAGACAGAGAACAGGACACGCGGCAUCAGCAGCCACAUCAGCAACCAAUGCAGGCGACACUGAAGACAGCGAGCUCCAGCUCCAGCAGCUCCACGUCCACAUCCAAGACGAGAGCAGGAACAACGUCGUUAAUCUAUUUACCGCCUUUCUGCUAUCCAUGUAAGCAUGUGCCUGCGGCCGGUACCAGGAGUCGGAGUCGAAACCAGACUUUGAGCCGAGGCAGCGGGAGUUGGCACGGCAGCUGCUGCUGUCCGCCCGGCUGGGAACAUAAAAAUUAUGAUAAACAUGCUUCAGCGGCCACGUUGACACCAGCAACAGCAGAAGCAGUGGCAACAACCACAACAGGACCUGCAGCGGCAACAAUGUCCUCCUCCUGGGCUGGUAAAUUCCUGCUGUCGGGUAUUCAGUUACCCGUGGCCGCAGCGGGGCAUGGUUGCACCGAUCUCCGGCAGACGUCGCAAUUAGUUAUGCCCACUGUUGCUGGUGGGGAUGUGGAAGGCGACGUCUUGGAAUGCGGCAAGCGAUGCUGGCGACGUGAGCGAAUCCGGCGCGAAGGACCAGGUCAUGCGUCUGCGGCGUCGGUGGCCCAGGUAAAUCCAAUCAGCACUAGCUCAGCAACAAUAGAUGGAGCACCAGGAGCGGGAGAGGCAGCAACGACCACCGCACACAAUUCGCAAACAACGACAAAAACAACGGCAAGGGGCACAACUGGUGCAGCAUUGCCGCAUGAUGAAGAGUAUGAUGAAUGUAGGUGCUUUAACUAUAACGGUGAUAUUAGUCUGGAUCGGCGGGGCGAGGCCGCGGAACUUUCCGGCAUUACGUGGCUGAUGUUCUUGUGGCAGCAGCUGCUGCCGGGCAACGGAAACAAUACCCACACCCAAUCGCACUCCCACGAAUCCAGCUUCCCAGCGGGGACAACAACGAAAACAGCAAGGAGCAGGAGCUGCGCCAUGACGUCGACAAAAAGUUGGCUUGGUCCGCUGCUUAUGCUUCUUUUGGCCACUUCCGUCAGUGGCUGGGGCGGUCGGCAAGAUGCGCCCUCAAAUUGCACGUUUCCGGCACGAUGGGAGGGCUCCUGGUUCCUGUCCGGCUAUCAGCAAUCCAUACACAUCAAGGGCUCCCAAUUCAGCUAUCGCGGCAGGUGUGCGGCCUCCGAUGGUAACAAAUAUCUGAUUGUCGACGAGAAAGGAUGUCAUCGUUGCCUGGUUAUCUAUGAGAAGCAUAAAAAUGUGCUCCAAUAUAAAGAAAGUGAGUGCGAAGGUGAUAGUAUGUAUAUGCAUCAGUCGAACCCAUCUGCACUGGCGAUGCGUAGCUCUAAUAAACAAAGUGAUCAUAGGGGGGGAGCUCAUCCCAAUACGAACGGGCAUUCAAGACUAUCUUCAUCGGAUCAGUACAUAAUGAGAUCCAAUGACGAUAUGAAUGAUUACUUUUGCAAGGGCCGUGAGACUUUACAGAAUCUCUGCGACCAGAUUCCGGGCGAUGCCCUGCUUUACUCGCUUUUCCGGGAGAGCGCCGAACCGGUCAAGUGCCCGCUCAAGGGACCCUUCAUCUUCACGUAUAACCGGGGCCACGGAGAGUGCAAGUCGCCAGUGUCCAACAUUGAGAGCUGCACGGAGGAGAGCCGCCUCCUGUUGAGCUUCCAGGCCUGUCCCGAUGUCCAGGGCACCGAGAGUACGGUUGAGGAGCUGACGUGCCUGGCAACCUGGAAGGAUGGCAACUCACGCUACUUGGUCGGCCUGGUCUCUCACCAUCACGCCAUUUCGAACGAGGAGCGCUAUCGCUGCUUUGUCUACGAGAAAAUCUCCUCGCUGAUGGGCGGCCCCAGCAUGCUCAGCUCGAAGGAUGCCGAAUAUAAGCUGGCCCAAUCCGGCGACGCCACUUGCAAUGGCUUAGACAGUGCCGAGGUUGGCUCACGUAUCAUGUCACUGCGAAAACCCCCCAUCGCCGAGCGCUGCGACUUCCCGGCCUGGUUCAAGGGUCCGCGCCACUGGCAUGCCCUUAUGGGCAAUGCCGUCUACAAUUAUCAUUCCAACGACGGGUCCGUGCACAUUAUUAAGCCCAACGGCUAUAUGGAGACACGUGCGCUCUGCGAGCAAAUAAAUAAACAGACCCCGACCGAAAUGAUGGCCGUGGUGCACUACACCACCGGGUGCCAAUCGGGAUUCAUGUGCAUGAUGUUCUACCGCCGGGACACGUUCGUCAUCGAGAUACAGACGGGCAAGCCGGCCAUUCGCCUGGAGGACGCCUGUGCACCGGAUCACUUUGACAUCAACAAGAUGGCCUACAUUACCUUGCUGGCCAGCAACCCGGAUCUGGCCAUUUGUCCCAUGGAGGGCAUCUACAUGCUACGAGGCGCCAUCGGACCGCCGUAUCUGGCCACGCGCCACAAGCGCAACCACAAUGGCAAGUCGCAUCUGGGCCACGGACAUCAUCACCACGAGGGCGCUGACUCGGGAAAUUUCGGGCAUAAGGGACACAGUUCGCUGAGUUUUCGGAACGCGGAGCGCAUGGAGCGCGGCUCUUGGCAUGCCAAUACCCGAGGCCUGCCAGUUCGCAGUCGACGCAACGCACCCAAGGAUCCGCAGGAGCAGCAGCAGGCGUUGGUCCUGGAAAAGGUCAACAGCAGCGAUACGAGCGUGGGAUUUGUAGCCACGAGGAAUCGACGAGAUGUACCGGGCUGUGUGCCCAACUACAAUGCCCAGCGGCAGCUUUGGGUGGGAUGUACGGCGGAAAACUUGAUCGACGUCAGUCCAUUGUGCAGCGUGGAUGGGGAAGAGGAGUACUCCUGCCACGGAUCUUGGAGUGAGAACAGCACCUUCUACAUCAUAGCUCGCCACAAGGGCAGCAAGCACGGAGUGUGCCUGACCUAUCGACCCACGGAAGGCACCGCUGCCAAACUGGUCGUGGGCGAUGCCUGCUAUCGAGGCACUCAGAAACCACCCGAUCAUCACUUGGAGGCCAAUCUGUCAGUUUUGGGUAAAUGUGGCGAAACUGGCGCCAGUGCCGCACAGGGUCAUCUGGCCAGCUGGCUGCUCCUGGUGGUGAUGGCGUCUUGGCUUCAUCUGCAUAGCUGAGGGACUAAUGGCAUAAACUACAACUUCACAUAGGCAUCUACGCGUGACAAGCCAAAGCGCUACGUAUACAACACUACUUCCCCAAAACCAAAACCCAUUAUGAUCGACAUGUAUACAAGACACAUCUAAGACUUAUUGUAUAUUUCGUGUAGUAUGUGUAAGGCGAUUUCGAACCACGUCGCACUGGUUUGGCUGUAUAUAAUGUAUUGUUUUUCUUUAGUAAUGAUACGCACUUUUGUUUAGUUCUAAGUGCUUAAAAUAAACAAGAUUUCGAUAAAUUAAGACGAGCAGAAGCACACACAAUAUGGAAAAUGGUUUGCAAUACAGCCUUAGAUCAGCGCUAUUUGUAUUAGGCCUAGUAAAACGCGUCUAUUACUAAAAGUAGCGCCACUAUUAACGCAUACUUGCAGCAAAUGCUAUUUAUUUAUAGUACGAUUACUCAAUAAGCAUUGAGAAUAUAAAACAAACCAGAGAAAAGACAUCAGAACUAUACGAAUACAAGCUAAAAGCUUCUUCGUUUUGUUUUUUUGAAACCACCUUGUAGUGAGUUUUAUGACAUGUAUUUUUUAUAUAAUUUUCAACAUGUUUCCUACAACAAAGUACAUAUAAAACACAGGACGAAGGCCGGACAGUUUUAACUAUAUAUAAAGACAAAAUGUAUUCGGAGGAAGUCCGAUUUCGCGAUGCUUUCAAAAUGUACAAAGAAGCAAAUGGCCUAUAGUUGGUCACUCGAUUAUUAUCCAGCGUACAGCUCGGCAUACUUAUAUGGCAUAAAUAUACAAUAUAUUUUUAUGUACAAAAAACGGAAAAUCGUACAUACAUACAACCGAGUACUUACGUACUUAUAAUGAAUAACAUUUUGCAUAGGAUCGCAUUGGUUUCAUAAUACAUAAUUAAUACCUUGCAAAGUACGCAUAUAUUGUAUGAUUCAUUGUAAUAGUUAUAUAUACUGGCAAGCAAAAAUACCUAGGCAUGUAAGAAAAGGUGAGAAAUUCGAGCAACUUUGAUAAGUAGAGGCACACCACUUUCAUAAUCAAUCAACUAACUUUGUAAGACACAACACAAAUCAACUCACGACUCAACCAAACGAAAGGAAGAAGGACGGUGUCAGGUCGGUAGCGAAGGAAGCUAAAAUAAUUAGAGUGUUUAAGACAAUUAAGCGGUGAUAUAGGUCUAGAAUAAACAACUGUGCAAAUCUCUGAUAGAAGCACAACAACUGGGGUAGCAGAAGAAACAGCCAGACAACAUAUGCUAGAGUUCGAAUAAGGAAUUAAUGAUGAUCAAGUGUAUCCAAAGGAUUUCAACAAUUAGCAUUUUUCUCUCGAUGUAGUAAGCAAGCAUUUUGCCCAAAUUCCAAAACCUAAGCGAACUAAUAAUGAGUAUCGAGUAUUGAGUAACCAAUUAAGGAGUAGCAAGGACAUAAGCAGAGAGAGAGAGACCCCUUCAAGGCAACUAGUCAAAAUUUAUGAAGCGUAACUUUGAGUUCCAUGUAAAUAGCGAAUGUAAUGCGAAUUGACCCCGGUACGCGGUACGGUGUAUACAUAUGUAACUAAAUGCUAGUUAGCUAAAGGACGGAAGGAUUAUGGCUAGGGAACCGGCGACUUGGUGGACAGGACACGAGCAUGCACAGUCGCGUACAGAACGUAAGGGUUACUUUCUAAGUACUAUGUAUACAUUCAGACACACUUAUAUAAAAAUACAAAGAUAAUGAAAUAUAAAUUUGAACAGCAGGCAAAAAGUGUCCGACAACCAAUAGGAAUACACUAGGAAAACGGAAUCGGAACCGGAAUGGGCAGAAACAGCAGCACUCCAUAUCGUUGUGGCCAGACAAAUCAGUAGUCGUGAUGUACAAAAUGUACAAUGAUGAUCGGACGGAGUAACAGCCGCUGUGCUUGAAACUUUUUUUGAGUGUACCUCUCUAAAUAGGCAUUUCCAUUUGUUGUCAGCUUUUAAAACAUAAAUACGAGCAUAUUAAAUAAUUAUAAAAUCAUUUUAAAGCAGAAGCCACAUGAAUCAAACGAAAUAUCGAAUAAUACUUCAAGUCAAGGUCAUUUGUUGGCCCAUCCCCCAUAAAACUCAAAUUCCGUUCAGUAGCCGCUAUUCUGGUUUAUUUUGCAAUUGUUAAACUGAGACACUUUUCUGUCCCCGUCCCUCAAGCCAACCAAAUUUCGAUUUCUGACGCAGCUCCAGCCUUUUUUUUGUUCUCGUGUCAUUGUCAGAAUCUUUGCGUGUUAUUGAUGUUCCAAACGGUCUCCACAAAUGUAUUCGAAUGUUUCUAAAAACUGCUAUUUAAAUAAACGUAAAACAAAAGAUAAACCCAAACCAAACAUAAACGUGCAAACAUAUUUUUGUAAAUAGAUGAAGCAACGCUUGAAUUUUUAUCCAAUUUUUGUGUAUGGCCAACUGCAGUCGACCGACUUAUGUGUGAUGGGCGGCCAGGCUCAGCUUGUGGGCGUGGCUGCUCCAUCUGAGUGUGAACGCUAAGCAUUAGAUUUAAGUGAUUUUUAUAUUCAAAGCGAUUUUAUAAAUCAUUUUAAUUGUCUAUUUUAACAAGAGCAACAAGCAGAAGGUAAACGAAAGAAAUUAUGCCGUCGGUUUAGUUCAUGUGUGUGAAGAAAAUGUAUGCAAUUUUCGUCAAUAAUUAAAUGUUUUGAAUACUGU